AUGGAGGAGCGGGAGCGGUUGCGGCGGCAGAUCCGCUUGCUGCAGGGUCUCAUAAAUGACCAUAAAAACGUGCACGGGGACGCGCCGGUGCCGCUGCCUUCUGCGCCGCGCUGGAGGAGCUCCCGGCAGCCCCUGUUCAACCGGCGCGGAGCGUUUUCCGCCGCCUAUUCCCAACAACCCCCUCGGGAUUUCCAGCCAUGCCAAGGGAACUCCUGGAGGAAGAAGUACUCGCUUGUGAACCGACCGCCUGUCACUGGUAGCAGCGACGGAAGUGCUGGCACUUCCCAGGGUUUCGUAAAUCCAGGGGACAGCCAGGAGCCCGAGCCGCGAGCAGCAUCCCCAGAGAGACACGUGGACUUGACCAGGGACGGGAAUAUCGUGGUUGGGAUCCAGCUGCCGCAGAGGACCAGCCUGGUUGCAAACACUAAAACUUUUGCUCAAGUGAGUUCUCACCGGGAGGUUUCCGGGCCAAAAAAGGCGAUAGCUCUUCCGGACAGCAAUAAAAACCUGCCGAAAUCCUCAAGCUCUCCAUACGUGAGCCAGAAGGGUGAGAGGCGGCUCUCUGUUUCCUUUAGCCAACCUGUGAGCUUGUCACACCCCAACACGCCUGUUGUGCUGAGGACGGUGCGUCUGUCCAGCGAGGUGGCCCAGGGCGCUGCCUCCCGUGGGAGCGAGAGUGCUGUAACGCUCAAGUCGGAGCCUCAGCAGCCUCCGGCUGGGCCAGCCCGCCAGCCAGCUCGCCGCUUGGUUUGGAAGAAGCCAGAGCCACCCAUUCCUGGACAGUCCAUCUCUGAGCAGGUCAGAGAUGCUCUCCGAGAGCCAAAGCCCCUUGGGAAUGCUGAGACUCACCCUAGGCCUGCUCCGGUUUCGGCAACGGGGGCGAACGCAGUGAAGAGUCGGUUUUCCAUACUCCCCAAAGCGCCUGCUCUCCAAAGGGCCGCCUCAACGUCAGGCUCCGGCAAAGCUCCGAAAUUCAGGAAAACCAACUACACGUGGGUUGCCAACCCUGGCGGGAAAUGUUCCCGCCCGGUGAAAAAGUGGAUGAGCCCUCGAGCUUCUGAUAGCACGAGGAAACUUGCGGCUGGAAUGGACAAAGUGGCAAAGCUGCCACCAAAAGGAGAUUUGGGAGCAAAGCUGAAGAAACCUGUGCUGCAGCCCAAACUUGGGACCUCCCCCAGCAAAUACAAGUGGAAAGCGUCCAGCCUGCAGACUUCCCCCUCCACGUCCAAGUCGGUGUUCAGGUGGCAAUCUGAGGACCAAAAAAAGGCUGGGGCCUCUGGUGCCCCUCAUGCUUUCUCUGUGCCAUCUCAUCCAAGUGAUGCGGCCGGUGGGGAGAAGUUCUCCGUGGGUGAUGCCUCCAUUUCUGGUUACAAAGUGAAGAGUCGCACGAAGAUCAUCAAGAGAAGAGGAAGCUCGUGUUCCCCCACGGAUAAGAAGAGCAGCUCCUCUCCUACCACACCUCUGAGAAGUCACUUCCACGUCAGGAAGAAACCCCCCUCGCGGGGGAAACCCUCUGCAACGCCGAAACGCUCCUCACCCCGCGGCCUCGUGCACGUCACCAAGCACCGGCUGUGCAGGCUACCGCCCGCCCGGACACCAGUCUCCACCAAGGAAGGGGCCAACGUGCAUUUUGUCCGCAGCCCCCCGGGCAGCAAGGUGAUCAAGACGCGCUAUAGGAUAGUGAAGAAGAACGUGGUGGCUUCCGUGGGUUCCUCAUCAUCCUUCACCAGCCCUGUUCCCACCUGGAAGACGAGGCGCCCUGCGACAUCCAGGUCGCCAGGCUUGAACCAAAUGCGCCCAUUGCUGCCGAGCAGCAAGUCACCGCAGAUGCAGCAGCGGUGGCGGGGCAAAGGCUUGCGCUGCAUCGGGGGCAUCAUGUACAGGGUGUCGGCCAACAAGCUCUCCAAGACCUUCAGCACCCCUGGCCGGAGCAGGGACCUGAGCACCAAGAGCCCCGGCAGAGCAGCGAGGUUGACCUCUACGCCCAUCAGUCCUGGUUACUCUCCAUCCAGCUACCUCAACAGAUCAGCCACGAGCCGCUACAUUGCCAGCCGUGCUGUUCAGCGGAGUUUGGCCAUCAUUCGUCAAGCCAAACAGAAGAAAGAGAAGAAGAAGGAAUAUUGCAUGUACUACAACCGCUUUGGCAAGUGUAAUCGUGGAGACAGCUGCCCUUACAUCCAUGAUCCAGAGAAAGUGGCUGUCUGCACGAGGUUUCUCCGUGGCACGUGCAAGAAAACAGACGGGACCUGCUCCUUUUCUCACAAAGUCUCCAAGGAGAAGAUGCCGGUGUGCUCGUACUUCUUGAAGGGGAUCUGCAGCAACAGCAACUGCCCCUACAGCCAUGUCUACGUGUCCCGCAAAGCCGAGGUGUGCCAGGAUUUCCUCAAAGGCUACUGCCCCAUGGGAGAGAAGUGCAAGAAGAAGCACACGCUGGUUUGCCCGGAUUUCGCCAAGAAGGGCGUCUGCCCCAGGGGCGCCCAGUGCAAGCUGCGGCACCCACAGCAGAAGCGGCGCCCUCGCCAGCCCAGCGCUGCCGGCGACGCCGACCACGGCCACCCGCCGUCCAAGUGGCGGCGGCUCGGCGGAGAAACAGGCAGAAACACUGCCACGCAGUUCCACGAGGACAGGGCAAGGCCAGGACCCUCCGGCGAGGAGUGCGAGGUGACGCUUCGGCACGACGUGGACCCAUCACGGAGCAGUGGGCUCCCCAAGCUGCCAUCCUUCAUCUCACUGCAGUCGCCCUCCUCCCCUGGGGACGGGGUGCACAGAGCUGAAGCGGGCAAUGACGACGAGCCCAUCGAGGAGCCAGGAAGCGUCAAGCGCAAAAGGACCUUUGCAUCCUCAAGCGGCUCGGAAGCGGCGGCGCUGGAGGAUGGAGGCUCCGGAGGCAAGCGGCUGCAGAUCAAGCCCCGGCUCUGAGCGACUCCGGCGCCCACCUUGAUCCCGGUCCCGCGCCCAAGAGCUCAGGAAAAGGCCACCGGGGCGCCCGGCACCUACC